AUGAUGCUGCUCAUAUGUACGAUGAGCUUCGUCUUGCGUCUCCUGUGCAUCGUAUCCGUUGCUUGCGGCAAAAACCAGCGGGACUCGAGCCAGGAAGAUCCGGAGCCGGUGACGUACUAUGUGUCGGUCAUCUCCGCAGACCUGCCGGGCCCGAGGCCGAUGGACAGCCGGGUCGACUACUUCAACAGCAGCGUGCAGCGUAGGCACAACAACGUUGGCAACCUGAGUGGGACCAACGACGGCGUCGUUCUCGCUGCAAUACCCUCGGACAUACCCCUGCGACGAGGCAGGCGCCGUCUCCUCACAUAUGGCGAGAAUGAAAUGACGCCCUCCGCAGAAGAGCGUCCGAAGCUUUUGAAGCGUCAUCUGGGAAGCACUGCGCUCUGCCUCCUGGUGGCGUGCCUGGUCCUGAUGGCCCUUCUCCUGUGCCUGGCGAUCGCCGCAUUGUGGCUUCGUGCCCGCUACCGUGCCAGGGAUAAGACCCUGUACGCCACACUGAGUGCGAGCGACCCCGACCUGCCAACGCCCGCGACCUCGUCAACGCCUGGCCGAUGGCACCUGUCCGGCGAAGGGCAGCGUACGAAUACCGCAGUAGGAACGGCUCGCUGGUCUCGCAAGGUCACGAAGAACUCGACGUCUGCGCCCGCAUUUCGGAGCACGAAGGCCAAAAGAGCCUCUUCUUUGGGCAAGAGACAAACCUCGCCCUUGCGAUCCUCGGCAGACGGCGGUCAACCGUCAGCGAUGCUGACCGAGUCGAGCGAAGCCAAGGCGACGCCCUCCCCCGCCGUUACUAACGCAGCAGAGUGCCUGACGCCGCUAAGCCUCGAAGGCGUGUUUGCAGGCUCCGCGGAGGGGCGCAAGCUGUUUCGCGUGAAGUCGACCGAGGCGCUGCUACCGCUUCGCUCGUACAGCGUUGUCCGCACGGACACCGCGGACCGGCAACGGGCGAGUGACCACCGCAGCGAUCGCGACGAGUCUGGAAAGCAGAGGAGCAGAAGUGGUGGCAGCCGAAAGCGUCGCAAGCGCCGCGUCGACCCCAGAACUGACCGGCGCUGCUGGAAGUUGCUAGGCUCGCCCCUGCCGACAGACGCCAUUGAAAAAGACAGCGAUGCCGGCGCCUCUGUCCCUACGAGUGCCACGUCGACGUUCAAAGGGGUCGACCUGAGCGAGGACUACCAUCAGUACUCCUACUCGGACGACGUCAGGCUCGCACCGGGCGCCAGUACCGUGCCUCUACCAACGAUCAUCCAGCGGUCGGUCACCAAGACCAUUCGGCGCUGGCGCACCAGAGGCAGCGCCGCAGUCUCUUCUCUGUGGACGAGCUCCUCUGCUGAGCCCUCGGUUGGAGUCGGACGAGAAGCGGUCCCGCUCCCCCUGUCGGCACGACGCGGCCGGCUGCGACAGCUAGGCUCACAGACCAUCGCCAUCACCAAGCCCGAGGAACACCACAUCUACACGAUGACUGACGCGACUCCGUGGACUCAGCUCCUGGCAUUGUGCACGGAACCCAAGCCGGUCGAAUUCCAACAGAUCAUCCAAAAUAACUCGAAGGCGGCGCUCGUGCGCUGUAACGACGGUGACGGCGACCUGUUCUGCCUUGGCGCCAGCCCAGCCGAGGAGAGGCUGGUGCGCGUGCUCCGACUGCGCCCGCAGGACGUCCGCUGGCACACCGCCCGACUCAGGCUGGCACGCGAACUCUGCAGCCUCAAGGAUAACGCCCAGAACCGGACGUCGGCAUUCUUCCUGGAUGCCAGAACCAGCCUUGUCCGUGACACAUAUCCGAAGUUGCUGUGGAACGCGCGCCAGCGCAACCGUGAAGGCCCAGCCGCAGGAGAUACAUCGCCCGAAGACCUGAAGCAGCCUGCGCACUACCUGGUGACCGAGAUCCAGUCUGGCUGGCGUCCGCUCACGUCUUGCGAGUUGCCCGGUCCGGCGCAAGCAGAGAGCGUGCUGGAGCAGGCAUGCUGGGCGCUAGCAGUUGCCGAGUCCGCGCUCGACUUCGAACACCGGCUGCCAGUGGUCGGCGCCGUGCUGGUCCGUCCCACGCGUUCGCCCCGCGUCGAGUUCACGCUACGGGGCCGUCUCGAACGGAUAGCCAGCGCGGGGUUCAAGAUCCGCUUGCAGGGACUCCAGAUGGCCAGGAUGACCAUAGACGCAAGACCGGAGUACACUGAACUGAGCCGCCACCGUGAGUUCGUCGUGGGCGAGGAAGAGAGUCUCGUGUGCGAAAGGAUGGCUUCCAGACUGAGCAACCAGGCUGCCCGGUUCAAGCCGCUGACAAACGUGCUUUGGCUUCAGCACUUGGCCGCCUGGCUAUCGCGACAGAGCGCCGAGACCGCGACUGCGCUCGCGCCGUGGGUGCGCGUGCUCGCCGUCGCCACGUCGGCCCAGGACGCGGCCGAGGAAGCCGCCGAUGUCACCGCCAAUGUCACCGCCGGCCGUCGCCCGGUGCAUCUCUUGCGCCGUCGCCGCAAGCAGCCCAAGAAGAACGCACCGAGACCUGCCGACAAAUCGGGCGGAACCGACCAUCCCUCUGCUACCGGGUCGUCUCGGCAAAAGCCGUCCAGUGCUACCGACGACGUUGUGUAGCGUUUAACAGGAAGAGUUCCCUGCACCAACCGGAGAGCCCCUUUUGUUGCAACGCCGCAGAGCCGCUUGCACUUGGUUCCUGUUGUGCUUGGACUCUCGACCCAAGGUGCACCUCCCUAAAUUGGCAGUAGUGUGCAUUUCACUCGUGGCAGUGUCAACACUGUCCGUGUCCCACAGCGCGAGCCAAAAUUCUAGCUCGGACCUUCGGUUGCGGAGAGAGCGCUUCCUGGCUUUUCAUCUUGUGUGCAAGUGAAAAUGUGCAUAAAUAAAUACUGCCAAAAGCACUGGCAGUACGGCUGG